UGGGUGAAAGGAUCAAACUUUGAAUUCGGGCAGAAGAAAUUGUCCGACGGGAUUUGAAUUUGCAGCUGGGAGCGAUUUGUAGCGGAAGAACAAGCAAGCAACGAAGUGAUGGGGGUUUUGUCGAAUCGGUGUAGAUAGACCGAACAUCGAAGCUGUUCCUGAAAUCAGGGGUUUUUUGGUACCCUCUUUCUGAAUGUUGUGAUCCCUCGAUAUUUUGUUUCUGUCGUCAUCUAUGGCGGAUGGAUACUGGAAUCAGCAGCGACAGAAGCAGCAUCCUCCGCCUAUUAUUCCUCCCGGUGGGCGUCUGAAACGUCCCCGUUCUGGGUUCGAAACUCCAGGUUCUGCAAUACCUUCAGGCCGUGAAAUCCACAAUUAUUUGCCACGGGAUGAGGAUCAUCUUAGCUUUCAAUCAGUCAAGGAUAGCAAUACUAUUGGGUCAGCUUAUGACCGCUACCUGCAGAGCAUGCAAAUGCCUUCUGUGCCAUCUGGAGAAGCUGGCCCUUUCAAUGGAGUUGGUAUGGGAAUACCAGGAAGAGGUAACACAGUGACUGACCCAUCCAUGGGCGAGCCUACGAUGGGGCAAUUCAAUGGAGUUGUUAGGUCUAGCCACGAUAUACUUCCUCUACCUCCCGAUGCUUCCAACACUCUGUAUGUUGAAGGUCUGCCUUCUAAUUGCUCACGGAGGGAAGUAGCUCAUAUAUUUCGACCUUUUGUGGGAUACAAAGAAGUGAGGCUUGUGACCAAAGAAUCUAAACUUCGGAACGGAGAUCCUGUUGUUCUUUGUUUUGUUGAUUUUAUAAAUCCCGCCUGUGCAGCAACUGCUUUGAGUGCCUUGCGAGGUUACCGGAUGGAUGAAACGGAUCCAGAAUCCAAGUUCUUGCGGCUCCAAUUCUCGAGGAAGCCAGGUCCAAGACCUGGAGCACGCGGUAGGAGCUGAACCCGCAAACCCUCUUGGGACUCCACCAGAUGGUAAGGAAAAAAAACCGGCUUCCUUCAAGGAUCUCGAGAUAUGCUUCCUCAUUCGAUGGAGUUCCCCGGAAAAGAGCAAGGGAGAAUGCUCAAGAGAAUCCACAAUGUGAGUGAGGUGAUAAAAUCUAACUCUUCUGUCCUGGAAAUGGUGUAAUCUGUAUUUUCCAAAUUUCAUGAGCUUCUUGUGUCAUAGAAAUACCACCGAGACGAAAAUUUCAAAAUCUUUCCCUUUUGUUUUUUUGAAGGAAAUAUACUCAAUCGACAUACUCCCUCCCUUGUCAUUUUGGUGGUGGGGAAUGGAAUUUGUCUAUA